GGUGCUCUUUUGCUCCGACUGGCUUGCCGCGGAGGAGGCGAAGAGGGGACCAGCGCUGGGGGGCUGGCUCGGGCGGCAGCGGUGGCUGCUGCGGAUGGGAGCUGGCUGGCUUGCCGCGCCCAUGGAGCGCCACGGCAGGGCCGCCGCCACUUCUGCCUCGUCGGCCCGGGAACCGGUGUUCGGGGGCCCCGAUGGGCGGCGGCGGGAGCCACUGCGGCGCCGGGCGAACAGCGCGUCAGCCCCUGCCGUCGGGGCCUCGGCUUCGGCCUCGCCUUCGGGGGAGGGCGUAAGGCGGGAUCGGCCAGGCUCCUACAGCGGCGCUACCUCGGUCUCCCGUCAGCGCGUCGAAAGCCUCAGGAAGAAGCGGCCGCUUUUUCCUUGGUUUGGCUUGGAUAUUGGUGGAACCCUGGUCAAGCUGGUUUAUUUUGAACCCAAAGACAUCACUGCUGAAGAAGAAGAGGAAGAAGUGGAAAGUCUUAAAAGCAUUCGGAAGUACCUGACCUCCAAUGUGGCUUAUGGGUCCACGGGUAUUCGGGACGUGCACCUGGAGCUGAAGGACCUGACUCUGUGUGGACGCAAAGGCAAUCUGCACUUUAUACGCUUUCCCACUCAUGACAUGCCUGCUUUUAUUCAAAUGGGCAGAGAUAAAAACUUCUCAAGUCUCCACACUGUCUUUUGUGCCACUGGAGGUGGAGCGUACAAAUUUGAGCAGGAUUUUCUCACAAUAGGUGAUCUUCAGCUUUGCAAACUCGAUGAACUAGAUUGCUUAAUAAAAGGAAUUUUGUAUAUUGACUCUGUUGGAUUCAAUGGACGGUCACAGUGCUAUUACUUUGAAAACCCUGCUGAUUCUGAAAAAUGUCAGAAGUUACCGUUUGAUUUGAAAAAUCCAUACCCUCUGCUGCUGGUGAACAUUGGCUCUGGGGUUAGCAUCUUAGCAGUAUAUUCCAAAGAUAAUUAUAAGAGGGUCACAGGUACCAGUCUUGGAGGAGGAACUUUUUUUGGUCUUUGCUGUCUUCUUACUGGUUGUACCACAUUUGAAGAAGCUCUGGAAAUGGCAUCACGUGGAGAUAGCACCAAAGUGGAUAAACUAGUGCGAGACAUUUAUGGAGGGGACUAUGAGAGGUUUGGACUGCCAGGCUGGGCUGUGGCUUCAAGCUUUGGAAACAUGAUGAGCAAGGAGAAGCGAGAGGCUGUGAGUAAAGAGGACCUUGCCAGAGCGACUUUGAUCACCAUCACCAACAACAUUGGCUCAAUAGCAAGAAUGUGUGCCCUUAAUGAAGUAAGGGGACAUGGAUUUCUUUAGUUGCUCUGAGGAAAAUACAGAACUUACUAUGUGGGCCCCACCUUGUAUACAGCGUCUGUCUUCUCCGAACAGUGCCUAAAUGUAGUUAACAUUAACCAGGUGGUAUUUGUUGGAAAUUUCUUGAGAAUUAAUACGAUCGCCAUGCGGCUUUUGGCAUAUGCUUUGGAUUAUUGGUCCAAGGGACAGUUGAAAGCACUUUUUUCGGAGCAUGAGGUA